AUGUUUAAGAUCAAAAGAAAAUCUCAAUCACCAUCAGUAUUACCCUCAUCAAGCAGUGUUAGUCGUAGUACAUUACUUGUUUCGUCUUCUUCUGCUUGUUCUACUCGUCAUCAUCAUAAUAAUGUUUCAUUAUCAUCAUCUGCCUCUGUCUCUCCACAAUAUAAUAACUAUAAAAAAAUUCAACGUCAACAACGACAUGAAGAAAACAUCAAUAAUACUCGAUCAUCAUCACAUUCGAAACAAUUUCUUGGUUACUUUCGUUGCUGCUGUUAUCAUUUUUGUUCGUGCACAUGUGAAUGUUCCAUUCCAUCAAAUAAAUCUCAAUAUGAUAAUAAAUCAUCAAUAUUUAAUCGAAAAAAUUGUGCAAAUCAUUUACGUCAAUAUAUAUUUGAACGACAUUUAAUUGAAAGAAAAACUAAUCCAAGUUUUCUUCCUAAACUAAGUUUCAUUGUCCUUUUAUUCUCAUGUCUAUUUCCUUUGACAAUUGCUACUACAUUACCACCGACACAAAUAACUUUAACCAAUCGUGACAUAUAUGUAUUUAGUGAUUUUGGUUCCAAUACUUCUAUAAAUUUUUUAUUUUCUCGAAAACCUCAAUGGCAUGCUGGAUGUUGUAUGCGUUCAAAAGAAAUUGCAUCAUCAAUAUGUAAUAUUAAUAAUAAUUCAAUUGAACAAUUAUAUCAAAUAGAUUUUCUUAAUAAUCAAACAUUAUUUUGUCAACGUUAUAAUGUAUUUCGUUAUUUAUCACGAAAACCUUUAGCUAUAUUUACAUAUUGUAUUGUUACUAUUGGUAUAUUAUUAAAUACAUUUGUUUUUCUUGUUUUAAUAUUUGGUUCAUUAAGACGAUCAACAUCAUUUGCAUUAUUUGUUGCAUUAACAUGUUUUGAUUUAUUAAGUUUAGCAUCAAGUUUAUUUGCCCAAUUAUUUCGUACUGUAAUGACAUAUUUAAAAGCAUCAGCAACAUUUUGUAAAAUGUUUGGAAUAUUUUUUUUAUAUUUUCGUCAAUGUUCAUCAACAACAUUAUUAUUAAUUGCUAUUGAACGUUGUAUUGUUAUUAAAUAUCCAUUUUGUCGACAUACAUUUAAUCAAUUUCGUUUACCAUUAUUAGCUUUUAUUAUGUUAUUAUUUGUUGUACCAAUUCCAUUUGAUUUUGUAUAUUAUACAAAUGGUACAUUACAUUGUGAAGCAUUUGAAACUGUACAAGCUGAUCAUUAUCAAAUAUUUCGUGGAUUUUUUACAGUUUUUUCUUAUGCUAUGUUACCAUUUGUUGGUAUAACAAUAAGCAAUUUAUUAAUUAUAAUUGAACUUAAAAAAUCAAAAAAACGUUUUAUGACUAAAGGUGCAAAUGGUACAAUGAGACGUUUUUCUACAAAUGUAGUGGAAAAACGUGGUACAACAGUUAUGUUACUUGUUGCUUCAUUUGCAUUUCUUGUUCUACUUGGUCCAUUUUAUGUACACUGGUGUAUAGCAUAUUUAUUUUAUAAUUAUCCUCAAUGUCAUUUUACACGAAAUCUAUAUGAAAAUGUUCAAGUAUGUAUGGGUGUAUUUCAUCCAUAUUUAACUGUUAUUGAAAAAGGUAUGCGUGAAUCAAAUCAUGCUAUUAAUUUUCUUCUUUAUUGGGCAACAUCAACACGUUUUCGUGCAGAUUUUGAACGUAUAAGUCGUCGUUUAUUCUAUCGUAUAUUUGGCAAUGCUAUAUUAUUUUUAUAUAAACAUAUAUGUUUUUGUUGUACAGCACCAUCAUGUCUUGCUACACUUGAACGACAUGUAUCAGAUACAACAGAUCCUGAUUCAUCAUAUGAAUUAAAUCGAAAAAAUCAAAUUGCAUAUAAAACAUCACAUUAUUAUUCAAAUUUUGAAAGACGACGACAACAUCAAUUAGUUCAAGCAACAUUAUUAAAUAAUACUAUACCAACAGAUUCAAAUUUAACACCAACAGCUUCAUUUCAUACAUUAACAGAACAUACAGCUAAAACAGUACGAAUGUUAACAUGGAAUCCACAUGAUCCAAUGAUGCGUGGAUUAGAAAAUAAACGUAAAGCUGCACAUUUAUCUCAACAUCUUUCAACAUCAAACGCUGUUUUAUAA